AUUGCUCCGUAAUGUGAGUGCGAGGGCCAGAGCAAUGAAAUGACUAUUGUUCAAAUACAGGCAGGAGGGAAAGGCGAUAUUUAAAAGUUUGUUACAAAAGAAGGAACAGGGAAAGGAACAGUCUGACCACAUUAUAUCCGCCACGGUAAGAUCACUCAUGGCGCGCAUGCGCCGAACAAAGACCAAGAUUGGUCUGUGGGACGGCCUAAAUGCCUUGUUCUAACCAAUCCAGAUGUGCCAGAGGUGGAUCCUGCGCUCACUGGCUAGCCCCGAGACUACGCGGGGGUUUUGUUCCGCCGUUGCUGUUUGCUCUAGUUCCUCCAGCCAGCGCCAUGGGAACGGAAUUGAUUGAACGCCUAGCCAUUCGCCUGGGCCUCGCCAACCCCAGUGUGCUGAGGAAAGCAGAAGAGUACUUGCGACUGUCUCAGGUGAAGUGUACUGGUCUGUCUGCACAUACCACAGAAACUAGCAAUGCCAUCAUGUGCUUGGACCUUGCAGCUGCCUGUAUGGAGUGCCCCUUGGACAGGGCUUACUUAAUUAAACUUUCUGGAUUGAACAAGAAGAUGUAUCAGAGCUGUCUUAAAUCUUUUGAGUGUUUACUGGACAUGAAUUCAAAUAUUGGGAUAAAAGACCUAGCUGUGCAGUUCAGCUGUACAGAAGCAGUGAACUUGGCCUCGAAGAUACUGCAAAGCUAUGAGUCCAGUCUUCUGCAGACACAGCAAGUAGAUCUUGAUUUAUCCAGGCCACUUUUCACCACUGCUGCACUGCUUUCAGCAUGCAAGAUGCUGAAACUGAAAGUGGACAAAAACAAAAUGGUAGCCAUGGCCGGUGUAAAAAAAGCCAUAUUUGAUCGACUGUGUAAACAAUUAGAGAAGACUGGACAGCAGAUUGACAAAGAACCUAGAGAUUUAGCUAGUCCUCCACGGAAGAAAAAGAAAACAGUGGUCAAAUCACUGGCAAUGGAAAGAAAGAAAGUAGAAGAAAUUCCACAUAAACCACAGAAAGAUGAAGAUGUGACACAGGAUUAUGAAGAAUGGAAAAGGAAAAUUUUGGAAAAUGCUACCAGUGCUCAAAAGACUACAGCAGAGUGAUGCUUCUGGCAACUUAACGUUUUUUCUGCCCAACACUUCAAGUAAGUGGAAUCACAGUGUUUGUGACUGAUUUAUUUCCUUGGUAUAAUGUCCUCAAGUUUUAUCCAUGUUUUGGCUUGUGUCAAAAUGUUCCUUUUUCUAUUGUAUGUACAGCACCACUUUUAAAAAUGCAUUUAUCCAUUGAUGGGUUGCUUCCCCCUCUUAGCUCCUAUGAAUGUGGAUGAACAGAUGUUUAUUGGAGACUGCUUUCCAACUUUGGGGAUUAUAUGCCUUUAUGUGGGAUUAUUGCAUCAUACAGUAAUUUAAAAUUUUUGAGGACCAAACCAUCCACAGUAGAUACAUCAUGUAUUUCCACUCAUAGUUAACAAGGGUUCCAGUUUCUCCACAUUCUUGGCAAUGCGUGUUUUCUGUUGGGUUUGGUUUGAGGUUUGGGUUGUUUUUAAGUAGCCACCCUAAUGGAUAUGAGGCUAACACCUCUCAUUGUACUUUUUGCCUUUCCCCAAUGAUUGAUGAUACAGAAACAUCUGUACUUUUUGACUGUUGUCAAUUUUUUUUUUGCAGAAAUGUACUCAUAUUCUUUGUACCUUUUCAAAUUGGCUUGUUUGUGUGGUGAAAUUGUUCUUUAUAUAUUGUAGAUAAUAACCUUUAGAUACAGGCUUAGAGAAUAUUUUCUUGUAUUGAUCAGGUUGUUUUUUACUCUGCUGACUGUACAUUCACGCACAAUUUUUAGUUCUGAUGUACUCAGUUGCUCUACUUUUGUUGCCUGAACUUUUGCUCUCAUGUCAAAGAAACCCAGUGUCACGAAACUUUUCCUCUCUAUUUUAAAAGUUUUAUAAUAUUAACUCUUACAUUGAGGUCUUUCAUCCAUUUUAAAUUAAGUACAUUCAGUUUGAAAUUAUACUAUUAAGAUUUGGUUAAAUCUGCUGUUUCUGAACCUUACUUUUAUAAGUGCAGUUUUGAUCACAUUUAGCUCAUUACUCAUUCCAUCUGUUUCAGUUCUAUUUUUAUUUAAAAAAAAAAAUUUGGAAGCUUAGUUUUGUUACCAAAGAUGAAGUUUAAAAUUAAAAUCCCUGAGUGUCUCUGUUAAUCUUUACUGUUUGCUCAAGUCAGUCCACACUUGAUACUGUUACAAAUUUUUUUAUUAUGAAAUCAGUACAGGCUUGUUGAAAACAAAUUCAGGUGGUUCAGAAAGCUACAAAACAUAGAAUUCCCUCUCCCAAGCACAAGAAUUUCCCUUCUGAUCACCCAUUCUCCACACCCUACUUUUUUUAGUUUCUUACAUGUCCGAUAACUGUAAUGUAUGUAUGAGUAUGUAUGCAUCUCUUCAUCAGUGGGUGAUACCAUUUAUAUAUGCUAUAAAAGAAAGGUGGCUGUCAGUACAUCUAGCUCUACCUUUAAAACCUGUGAAUCUACUAUAAGGAUAUGGUGGCACUCACAACCCAGGCAGGUGGGCAGGCAUGUGAUGUUUCCAUUUGAUCCUUAGCAACAGUGCUACAAGGAACACUGCAAAAAUUUCUGUAUACAUGUUCAAGUACUGGAUGAUAAUGUCUAAAAAUGGAAUUGCUAUAUGGUUGUAUAACAUUUGGAUAGCUGUCACCAGAAUUAGGAAAAUGCUGUUUUUCCCACACCUUUAUCUCAACUCCAGUCAUCAGGUAAGUGAAUAAAGUGGACCCUAUCUUUUAGGGUUUCUUGCCUAACAGUUUUCAAUCACUAUUGUUUUUAUCAAAUGAAAGAGCCCCAUAAUAAAUAGUUGCUAACCAUAGUUGUAAUCUAAACUUUUGGGGGCCAAAUACACAUUAACAAAUUAGAGAAACCUCAAACUUCAUAAAAGUGCAAGAUAAGGUUUGUUUGCUUUUUGUUUGUUUUGUUUUGUUUGGUAUUGAUUUUGGACAAAGACUCUUGCUACAUAUUUUAGGCUGGGCUUGAACCCACUGUGUUGCCCAGGGUGACUUCAAACUUCAGGUGAUCCUGAGUACUGGUAUUACAGACUGGCACCAUUGCUACACCCCACUCAUAAUUUCAGUUCAAGGAAUCUAAAAUCCACAUUACCUCUCACUUGUGUGGACCUGUCCUAAACAUACCUUUAGAGAGGGUUAGAAAGAAAUAGUUGCUUAAGGUAAUGACAGCAUAAGGGGGAAAAGACAAAUCAAUAUUUGGUAUACUGGGGGGCUGGGAUUUAGCUGAGCGGUAUAAGCACCUUGCAAGCAGGCCGUCCUGAGUUCGAUCUCUGGUACCGAUAAAAAUGAAAAAGACAAAAAAAAAAAAUUUGGUAGACUGGUACAGGAUUCCAGAUCUCUGUCCAAAUAGAUGCCACUAAACACAUGGCUAUUAAACACUUCAGAUGUGACGAAUGCAAUUACAGAACUGAGUUUUCAAUCUUAUUUUAAAUGUCAAAACAAGUACUUCCUUAAAUUAUUGGGAAAACUUAAGUAUGUUUCAAGUAACUUGAGUGCAUAAAUAUUUUCCCCAACAAAUUUUAUGAAACCUAAAAGUUAUUUCCCAUGAAAACCUAGCAUCUAAAUGAAUACAUGUUGCAAGUGUAAAUUAUAUACCAUAUUUUUUAGAGCCUUAGCAUGAAAAAGUAUGUCCAUAAUUUUAUGUUGAUUACAUAUUAAAAUGUUUUUGAUACAUUGGAUUAAAUUAUUUAAAUUAGUAUCAAUAUUUUUAAAGGAACUAGUAGAAAUUCUUAAAUAAUGAAUGGCUCAUAGUUCUCUAAACAGUAGUGCUCUAGAGCAGGGUAAUUGCAUUUUUUUCUGGGAAGAUCAUAGCCUUCCAAGAGAACCUCAAAUGCCAAAUAGAAUAAGAACUACCACAUUAGGUAAAAUUGCAAAAUAAUCUCCCUACUUACCCUCAAGAACCUUUGCCAUACUGGGGUGGGCACACCUAUAAUGCUGGAACUCUGGGAAGCUGAGACCAGAGGAUCCCAAGUUUGAGACCAGCCUGGGCAGUUCAAUUUAGCAAGACCUUAUCUUUAAAAAAGGGGGGAUGGGGUGGGGAUGUGUGCACAUGCCAUAGUUAAAUGCUCUGUACCAUUUUUUUAAUGCACAUUUCCAUAAAGGUAAUUGAUACCUAAAAAGUGAAAACAAAUCACUGUUAUUGUCUCAUUAAAAGCAGUUUCCAGCAUCAUUUCUUGGGUUGAUCAGUUGGUCAAUUUGGAGCAGGCAUAGCCAUGCUGAUACAAAAAGGCGUAGCUCCCUGAUGAGGGUUAACUUUUCAAAGCAAAGUUACAACCCAGGAAAGUCUUUAUUCUGGUGAAGAAAAAAAAUCCUGAAAGGCUGUGAAACUGUUGAUUAAUUAAUUAGUUUUUAAUUAGUCUAAUUGAAAGCUAAGUGGCUACAGCAACUUAAACAGCUGAUUAAAGAAGGUAAUUGAAGUACUGUACCAUAAAAAUUAGGCAAAAGUGAACUGGUAUGGUGAUGUGUGCCAGUAAUCCCAGCAGUCUGGAGGCUGAGGCAGGAGGAUCACUGAAUUCAAGGCCAGUUUGAACUGUACAGUGAGAUCAUCUCAAAAAAACAAGAACAUCAAGCAGAUGUAAAGAAAUUUUUUAAAUUGUUAGCUUUUAAAUAAUAAAAUAUUCUUUUAGUAAAGGGAUAAAAUGCUGAAAUGAGUCGAGCAUGGUGGCGUGAGGUUUGCCACAAUGUCAAGGCCAGCCCGGGCUAAAAAAAAAAAAAGUACUGAAAAUUUGUGAGUAUUUUAGCUGCUCAUCUCACUUAGCAUUAUUUCAGUGAAUGGAUGAUGCAACUAUUGUAAUCCAGGUAGUAAAGAUUUCAAAUACACCAGUAUUUUAAGAAGUACAAUUUUAAAAUGACAUUGAAAGUAUCUCCUUAGCAGUAGAAGAGCACUUCUUUAUUGCUUCAUACUAUAUCAUUUCUGUGUUUCUCCCAAAAAGAUGAACAUCAUUACAUUCUUCAUAUAUUGCAUAUCAAUUUCCAGAUUUGUAAGACCACAAGUUCAUAACCAAAUAUGGGUCAAGACCACAGAGGUAGAGAACGAAAGGGAUACAGAAUUUAAAAACACAUUCAAAAUUUUCAGAUAUAGUCAUUUCUCAGCCUUUUAUCUAACAUCAAAUGAAAACGUUUCAGAUUUAGUCACAAUUCACAUAUUCUGAAAUUUUAGCCAACACUAAAUGUAGCAUGUUGGUGUUGAUUCUUAAAAGAGAACAUAAGUUAAAACAAGUUUUGAGAUUACUGUCCUAAAUCCAUACAGCUUGACACUAGAGUAGGGCAAUACAAGAUUUGCUCACACAUAAAUAGAUCAAAAUUGUAGGAAUUCUUUGUACUGGAACAUUUGCACUGGAAGAGGUAACUCUGAGAAACAUGUCUUCGUAUAAUAGCUAAGUUUCAAAUUUAAAUUUGACAUAUCCAGAGUAGGACCUUUUGUACUUACCUAAGCAAGCCUACAUUUUAAUUCUGAAAAGUAAUCACAGCAUUUCAAACUUACUGAUCUUAUAGGGGAAAGGAGGUUUCUAAAAUGCUUUAUAGUCAUAAAAGCAAGUCAACUUUUUUUUUUUUUUACAAAAUUAGAAUAAUCAAUAAUUGUAAAAUGCCAGGUUAUUUAAACCCUUGAGUCAGUUCUUCAAAUCAACAGUGGUGUCAGUAAUUUCUGGGUGUUUUGGAGCAAUGGAGUUGACUAUUAAGGAGACGCUGGAAAUUUCCUUAACCUAUUGGCAGCAGUCACCACGUAGAAAUGUUUCUUGAAAUAAGGAGAGAAAAGAAAAAGCAUACUUUUAGACCUUAAAAAGAAAGUGAAAGCAGUCUAAACAACUUGAAUUUGUUUAAAAUUGAUAAUCUAAAGGAGAAAAGAAGUUUCUAGAGUAAUUAUAGUAGAACAGUCCUGUGACCUAAGGGAUGUUUGGGGUGUGACGAAAAAGUAAAAUAGCCUAUCCUCUCACAUGGAAAGUAGAGUAGCCUAAAACAAUGUUUUUUAAGUCAAAUUUUUAGACUACAAAAAACUAUUUUUUAAUAAAACCAAAUACCAUAGAAUAGAAAAUAGAAUGUAUCACAAUGUGUUAAAAUAAAUGUGAAGUUUCAUAUAUUUUUAUGCUUGCUUUAUACAUAUAGAUACAUCUAUAUGUAAACUUAUGUUCUGGUUCCCUAGGUAAAGGUGGUUUUUUUUUUGUUCUGAGUGUUUUAAGGGGUUUUCAUUUAGUUUUGGUUUUGAUUUUGGUGCUGGGGUUUUGUGAUGAUAGCUAAUGAGGUAAAACUAGCAUGGUAAGGCUUUUAUGCUGUAGAGAUCUGUUUUGUAUUUUACUGAUAAUCAGGAUCUGUACCAAAAUGUUGCAAACCUACUUCCCUUGAUGAUAAAUGAAGAUAGGUUCUGUGUCCCUAUUACCAAAGAGGUCUGUAAUAAACAAAGUUAUAAAGCUUUUAAAACUUAAUAGAGAUUUCCCACAGCCCAUUUCUGAAAUGUGAAUGUAUCAGGUCUCAAAUUACAAGCAAUUAAUUCAGGAAUAAUGCUACUCUCACCACAGAGAACAUACAAAGGUGGGAUUGAAAAAUAUCGUCAAUGUUUAAAAAUUUUUUUUAAAAAAAUUAUUACAGUAAAAGACAUGUUGCCAGACAUGGUGGUGCAUGCCUAUGAUCCCACCACUUGGGAGACUGAGGCAGAAAGACCACUGUGAAUUCAAGGCCAACCUGAGCUAUCUAGUAAGUUCAAUGCUAGCCUGAACUACAUAGUGACAGUGUUUCAAAAAAAUAAAAUAAAAAGACAUGUUGCCAUUAACUGUCUUCAAAGAACUCCCCUUCAAGCCAGAUGCCAGCCCUCUCUUGUGAGUCAGGACCAUUCACCGACUUUGGGAGAAGAGAACAAAAAAUCAAGAAGCUAAGACCUGUGAGUCAGCACCAUGCAUGGGCAGGGAGAUAAGCGCCAGCCUUCUUCCGUCCACAUCUACCAUAAGCGAUUGACUGAUCCAGAGAAACACAGGUUAUGAUGAUAGUUAAUGAGGCGAAGUACAAUUUAAUGCUUAUAGUGUUUAGUGUUUCACUGACUUUGCAGGCCUACACUCAGUAGUCUGAUCAUCUAUUGAGAGGAUAACAAUAUGCAAUGUAGCAUAUAUAGGGGAUCACCCUCUAAAGGUGGUAGCCAUUGUUAAUUCUCUAUUAUCUUGUUUUGAAAUCCUGUGUAAUUCUCAUUGUUUUAUUUGGUUGGGUUUUAUUCUGUUUUACCUUAUUUGAUUUUAUUGUAGAUGAUGGCAUGGGCAACUAUUUCAAAAAUAACAAGAUACAUUAUGGUAGCCAUUUUGGAUUUACUAUUAUCUUGUUUUGAAGUCCUGUAUUGCAUUCAUUGUUUACUUUCUAUUGGUUCUGUUCUGUUCUGUUUUGUUUGAUUUUACAAUAUCUGAAGGUAUGGGCAGCUGAAGUAUUUGAAGAGAACAAGAGAAAUUAUAGUAACCAUUGUUAAUUUCCUAUUAUGUUUUGAAAUCCUGUAUCACUUACACUGUCUUAUUUUUGUUGGCUUUAUUCUGCUUUAUUUUGCUUGGUUUUACUCUCUUUAAUAUAAAACUUUAAAAACUUUUUAAAAAUACUUCACUUCAAAGCAACUUAUCCCAUCACUCUUGCCACUUUCUGAAGCAGCUAUGGAAGUAUUAUUUUGUGAGUGUCUAGUAGUGCUGUCGUGGCUGCCUUGAUGUCCUGAAUGGAUUCAAAACAUUCUCAUGAUCACUUUGACUGGGGAAGAACUAAAAAGUCUCACAGUGCCAGAUCUGGUGAAAAAUGUGGAUGAGCACACAGCACCAUGCUUUCACGAGCCCACUUUUUGUUAGGUGACGUUCAGCAGCCCAUUCACUUUGUUUCUAUCACCUCAGGCUUCCAGAAGGACUGCAUUAGAAAGUGGUAAAAAUGAUGGGAUAGUUGUGUUUGAAGCAAGAGAGAGUAUUUUGUGGAGAAUUAAUGGCUACAUCCCUUUUAUUGUAGUAAUUUUUUAAAAUGUAAACAUUCAGGAUACGCUUUGAGCAUAUCUCAUAUGCUCAACUUCACUCUAUCACUUCAAGGGUCCAUAUAACCACAGACUAAAUGACAUUUUUAUACCAGUUAGUUUUUGGUCUCUGGCUUAUUUUAAUCCAACUAACAUUUUAAAAUGAGAUUUUUCUCCUCAAAAUAAUCGAUGUAUAAUAAAAAUAUGUAAAAGUUUAGUGACAGUUCUUUCCCAGGUCAGAAGACAAAUGCUUUCUUUACUGACAGAAAAACAAAAUACCUUCCAUUUUCUCUGGGCCAUGUAUUUCUGCAGCAAUAGUUGGGAUUUGAGAUGAACUUUGGAUUUUGAGGCUUUGGCAGGCAAAUUAUUCAACCAUUCAUGUUUCAGGCACUGUGUGGCACUCAUUCUGCAGCUGUGAAAUAAACAGCAGUUGAAACAUUAGUUGGGAUUGCCUUUUCUGGCUACCAAAAGCCAUUCCAUUGGACAGGAAUCCUGAGUCAGUAGAAUAUUCUAAUCAUUCCACAGAUUCAUGUCAUGUAUUAAAAAGGGGACUUGUCUAAAACUUCCCUCUUUAAAAAAAAGGGGGCCAAUAAGUAGUAAGUCACCAGCAAAAAUGUCCUCUGACCUCUGUGAGGAAACAUGUUAGAGUGAUUUAUUAGCACCUCCUAGCAAGAGCUGGGAAACUGAGGCAGUGCAGUAAGGUCAGCCAUACCUGGGACUGCUCUAAGAAGCAAAGAAUGGAGAAAGAAAAUGUGGUGUUUAUACACAAUAGAGUACUACGCUACCAUAAGGAAGGAUACAUUUGUGGCAUUUGUAGGAAAUAUUAAGUGAAACAAAUUAAAUACACAAGCUUAAAUAUUGCAUGGUUUCUCUUAUAUGAGAAACUCAAAGAGCAAUAUAAAAUAUAAUAGGAAGCAGGGAGAUCUUUUGCAAACAGGAAGGGGACCAAUAGGUGGGGGAAGAAGGAAGGAGAAGUAAAAACAGGAUGUGUCAUGUCCAGGUACCAAAUCCUCGUUGAAUGUAGUCAUUUUGUACCACAAACAUGAACUAAUCAGAAUUAAACAUUUCAAACCAAAGAAGCAAAAGAGCCUGACACUUGACAGAAGCUCAUUUCUCCUUCAGAGCAUAUUCAUUUCAAUUAGAAUUUUUUUCCUCUCACAUAACCUUUCACAAUCUGAAAUAAAACUGAAAAUCAAAGAACAAUGAACUAUGUCAGGGCCCAUAUGCUUGGGCCUUAGUAAUUUGAGAAUGUGGUGGUACAUGCCUAUAAUCUCAGCACUCAGGAGGCUGAGCAGAAGUAUCAUAGCCAGUUUGAAGCCAGCCUGGGCUACCAGAGUGAAUUCAAGGCCAGCAUGAACUCUGGCUCAAAAAACAAAAUGUAGUGCAGAAGCCAUGUUCCAUAAUGAAGUCCAGAGUUCCCCAACAAAACUCCAGUAGCCUGCAGGUGGUUUUUAUUUCUGGAUUAUUAAUACUUUUAGUUGUUUUCAGUCAUUAUUUUAUGUGAGUAUAAAGAAAACCCACUCAAUAAUUUACUGUCUGACUUUGAUAGAACUGCUGCAGCCUAAGUAAGUAUGCUUUUUGUUAAUAAGAAGUGAAGUAUUCAGAUCUUUAUUCUGGGAAAUAACAUCAGCCUAUCUCAACAUUAGCCUAUGAUAAGUGACAACUUGGAAAUAGGACCAUUGACAAAUAUACUUCUUUCAAAAGCAUAUCUAGAGUUCAUGCUCAUAGUUUUUUUAAAAUUUGAUUUCCUUUUCUCCUUUCUUUGCUCUCAUUAUUAUUGCAAAGAAGUAGCAGACUAAGAAAUCCUAAAGAAGAAAGCAUUCUAGCCUGACACCCAAGGCAGACUCUCUAUCACAGUGGCAGAGGGACAGCAGUAGAGUACCUCUUCUCUUUGAUCAGUAGCCGGGAAACAAAGUCCUUGGCCUCUUCUGACAGCCCUUCAAAGGUAUCAGUGUCAAAGUCCCAGCUACAGUUCACAAUGAAAUUCAUGGUCUCUGCAUCGGUUUCCCCUAGAAAUGGGGACAAACCACUGAGUCUACAGAGGAGAGAAAGGAGCGUCAGCACAGUCAACCAAAGCCACACUUACCCAAAUGUCUCAACAAGAAGGCCCAAGCAGAUCUAAGCAGAACCAACAGAGACAGGACAAAAGUAGCUGCAGUACUUCUCCACAGGCUAGAGCUCAGUGUUAAUUUAGGGGAGGUGGUGGCAGGAUUAAAAACUGGAGGCAGGAAAGACAUUCACAAUAAGCCCUCUAUCACCUCCACCUAUCUCUGAGGUAAACAAAAAUUGGAGCCUGACCCAAUAUAUCCAGUAAUAGAGUAUAUAAUGAUUUAAUUUUAAAAUAUCCUUUGGGUGGGUCAUAUAGAUACCACCUCUACCUCACAGCCCAGCUGGCUGGUCUUAGGCCCUAAACUUCCCCAGGCUGGUACCACAGAUACUUGCAAAGUGCAGGAACAUAGGCCAGCAGUUAUGCAAUAGGACAAGAAGCAAAGCAUGACUUCAGCCUUUAAGUUGAGAGCCACGGGAAGUCCACAGUCCCAGAGAAGAAAGCAAAGAGCCCAGGGUCAGCAGUGACAAAGUUGGAAAUCCAUUAGUGUCCUGCUCAGCUGUCCCCUGGCCUCACCUCUUGGUGCAGUCCGCUCCUGCCAAAAAACCUUCAUUUCUUUAUUGAAGGGCUUUUUCUCCACUUCAGGUUUGCUUUACUCACCCAAAAGUACCAGGAAGUUGAAUCACUCCCUGGAAGUUAAUGCAAGCCCUGCCACCUGAAACCAACCCACAAAUAAUAACUAACACAAGUUUGUAUAUAAAUUAAAUAACUGAGUGUUCAUAGAGUCCAGAUUUCUCCAGUGGAAAUAAACUGCAGGUGUUCACAGGUGAGUUUUAUUUCUGGUCAGUAACGCCUUUAGUUAUUUUCAGUUAUUAUUUUAUGUGUAUUAAAAAAUUCUGAUAGCCCAUGACUUCAAUGCUGCUGAAGCCUAAGGCAUUGAGACUUUACUCUGGGGAAUGAUGUCUCCCUAUCUCAAACUUUCUCCAGCAUUAGCCUAUAAGUGAUAAAUUACAAAUAAGAUCAAUUUAAAUAAAGAAACUGGCUCAGAACCGACUCUUAACUGGCACUUUUCCUUCCUCAUCUCCCUGCCCUACUCCUCUACUGGUAUUUCCUAGGAUACUUCCCAAAUAAACUUCAUACUGUUGCUUCUUAUCAGGGUAAGCAAAGACAGCACAGCACUCACAGCAUGUAGGCGAUGACUCCCACACUCCACAUGUCAGUAGGGAAAGAGACAAACUCAUAGUUGACAACUUCCGGGGCCAGGAACUCAGGAGUACCAAAAUUCACCUUCAGUUUUUCCUGAGGUUUGUACCUGGGGAGAAGGAGUAUAGAGAAGCAAGAGACUAGAGUCCUUACAUGAGAUGCAAAGAAGGACUGAUUCCCAGAGGAGGAGACAUUCCGUCAGGCCUUACUGUCAGACACCUUGCUUUGGACUCAGAUUCACACUACAGAUGUAUUUUACUGGAGAGAGAAUCACAACCUACACCUUGACCUUCAGGUUUUGCUAAGUUAGCAGCAGAAUCAGAAAACCACAGUCCUUCAGACAUUUACAAUCUGAAAAGGAAAGAAUAUCCAUAUAUCUUAUCCAACAUGUUGCUAUGUGGGCAGGUGCAAACAAACAAAGUGGGAGAUACUGGGCAGAGACAGCUGUUGGUGUACACAGUGUGGCUGGAGGAUGACAAUGAAAUUAGAGAAAGAGGGAAAGAUGCAUGUCACCACUGAUCAUUAGGUAAUACAAAUCAAAACCAGGAUGUGAUCCUGCUUCCUACCUACCCAGAGGGCCAGCAUAUUUAAAUACAUUGGUGGAAUCAUGGAGUCAUAUAUAUGGGACUAACAUCUAGAUAAGCUGGAGAAAGCAUCAGUUUUGCAAGAUGAAAUGUUCUAAAAGUUAAUCAUUCAGCAACGUACUAAAUUAGAGCUGUGCUACUGAACUGUAUAAGUAAAUAUUAAGAUGAUAAUUUUUAAUUCGUUAAUUUAUCCUAAAUGACAAAAGAUAUAAAUAUCUAUAGCUCACAACGUGAUAUUUUUGAUGUGUAUACAUUUUGGGCUGCCUAAAUUAAAUUAACAUACAGAUUACUUCUCUUAUUUUUAUGUGAAAAGAAUGCUUUAAAUCUAUUCUCCUAAAAGUUUUUUAGUAGACAAGACAUUGUUAUUAACAUCAUAUUGCAUAAGAGGUCUCUUGAACUGAUACUUCCGCCUAACUAAAACUUUGCACCCUUUAGCCAAUAUUUCCCCAGUGCCACUAGCCCGUUCCCUGCUGACCAACAUUCACUGCUCCUGUGAGUUCACCUCUUCCAGAUUCCACUCAUCGGUGAUAUCAUGCUCUACUUGUGCCUGGCAUUUUUGCUUAACAUAAUGUCUUUAAGAUUUAUGCAUGCUGUCUCAAAUGACAGGAUUUCCUUGUUUUAAGGCUGAACAGUAUUCUUUUGGGUACAUAUACUGUACAUUUUCUUUAUCCAUUCCCCCAUUGAUGGGCACUGGGUGGUUUUUUAAACACACACACACACACACACACACACAAAUUCCAAAAACAAAGUAUGAGAGCUGGGUGUGGUACUUCUAUAAUCACAGCACUUGGGAGGCUGAGGCAGGAGGAUUACCACGAAUUUGAGGUCAGCCUGGACUACACAGUAUUUCAAGGCCAACCAGAGCUACUUAGUGAAACACUGUCUCAAAGAGUUAGAAAAGGUUAUGGACAUCAAGUGUAAGCAUGGCUAGGAAGAGCAUUGAUGGCAGAGAGAGAAAGUAGUGGCUUUCUUUUAGAAAGAACAGAACUUUUUAGAAUCACUGUUAAAGCGUGCUCAAUGGAAGGUGGGUGGAAGUGUUCCUGGGCCAGUUCCAAGCUAGGUCAUAAGAGCUUGUCCUCUUGACCCUCUGCGAUCACCAGAGAAAGACAGUGAGGGACUUGGAGUGCAUCUGACCUAACUGAUCUGCAUUUUAGAUCUAAGGCCAGCUGAGUUCAGCCUAGAUUAACGAAUUCCAACCUGUGGUAUGUGAAUAAGUGUUUCAUAAUCAGUGGUCUGGGGAGAGAGAGAGAGAGAGAGAGUGUGUGUGUAGCCCUGAUUUUGCAGCUAUAGGGAAGCACAGAUUUCCUAUGGCCAAUUUUAAGGCAUUAUCACGAAGCUCCUGAGUGGCAUAGCCUCAUUACUAUUUUAAGUAUUUCUACUACCCAGAUGAAAUCAUAAACACAAAGAACUUCAGAAGCACAGGUAAGAGAAAAAUGAGUAGGAAGUAGUGUUUUGAACCAGGCAUGGUGUAAUCCAAGCAUUCAGAAGCUGAAGUAGGGGGACUGCAGUGAGUUCAAAGCCAGCCUGGGCUCUUUAGUGAGUUCAAGUCCAGCCUGAACUACAUAGCAAGACCUUGUCUCGAAAAACAAAAAGCAAAAUAAAAAAAAGGAAGUGAUUUCUAAAACACAUAGUUACCUUUGUUUAUGUAAUUUUUUAAAUUGUAAAUUUAUAUAAUCUAAUUUUAAUAAUGGCUGUGUUUACCAACUGGAUUAUAAAAUACCUUAUCCUGAGCUACUACAAUACUGUGAGAUCCAGUAUACAUCUCUGAGGUAAUUCACAAAUAUGGACAUGGGAAUAAAUUAUUUUAAGCCAAUAGGUUAGACAUAGUUUUUUAUAUAGCAGUAUUUUGGUAAGAACUAACUGGGAUCUUCAUCCAAAACCUGUGCAAAAAUAUCCACUUAAUUCCUAGCACAAGACCCUUUGUAGCCACAAGGUCACAUAGGAAUGUGAGCACCUCACACCCUGCCAAAGGAUCUGAUGAAGUCAUGUUCUGAUGGCAAUCUGAGCCGCGACCUGGGAGUUGGGGACUUCCAAUAUGACACAGAAGCAGCUUAAACAAGAUGUCUCCCCUCCAGUUAUGACUCUUGACCCAUGAUAUUUUACUAUGUAGAUUCACCAGUGUAGUCAUUGCCCAGCCCAGGUGAUCUUGGUCUCUCUUGCUGCAAGUGACAGCCCAAAGAUUCGUAUGAACUCUGAUGCUACCAUGUGGCAAACCACCACUACAAUUUCUACACCUUCUCCUGACCCCAGUCAGAAAUAAAACUUCAUUUUCUAUUGUUUGUAUUAAGAGGGAAAUUGGCACUUUCCCUCUAUGUAUACAUAUUUCACUCUUCUGCAGAUAGAAUACAAAAUAGGCUUUCUCAAUCUGAAUGACCCUCCCCAGGGCCUUCCUUGUAGAAGGACACACUUUCCAGGAAUCAGGCCUGUUUGCAAAAACCAGUUUGCAAAAGCCAGUUUGUCAAAUGACCAUUUGGUUGACUGACCCAUCCCAGACAACUGAGAAUGUUUUGGAUGUUUUCUGCCCAUCUCCCAGCCAGAAGUGGUGACUUUGCCAGCCCAGACCCAGCAAGUGCAGUUUUGUGCCCAGGAAUGUCUGUGCCUAGCAUGUUCACAAAAGUGGCUUCCCUUAGAGGCUGUUCCCUGUGUGGGUUUUCCUGGACUUGCCUUUUGCCUCUUAUACUGCUGACAGAGUUAUCCUCACUGAUGCCCUUGACCAGGUUAAAAGACCCUGACAAUUUGGGACGGACUGGCCACUCCCAGACAGGUUUCUGGCUAACUCAUUUCUUGGUGAGUUGACUUCCAGUUGUUUUCACCUCCCUACCAGGUAGGUAGGACUCAGUGACCUAAAAGACAAUACUCAUACAUUCAGCCUAACUUUCAGGACUCCUGUGGUGUCUUCCCUUUACUGGCAGCUCAGCAGGGCAAGCAUCUCCUUCCAGAACACUCUGUGUUCACCCCAGCUUGCACAGAUCCACCAGCGUUUACUGUGUGCAUCUCCUCCCAACUCUGCAUUCAGUGGUAUCACACUAAAAUGAGCAAGAAUUGGCUCCCAAGCUGAUGAUAAAAUAUUGACCUGCAAAAAAAUAAAUCCUGUCUGCCCAUCCCUUCUGAAGUUUAGAGAAGCCUUCCUUAACUCCAGGAGCUCCUAGUGGUUGCUUCCUGCCCUGAAUUCAUAUGGCAGCUGGCCACCUGGCAUUUGUGUGUACUGCAUACACUCAUGUGUGUGCCCUUAAUGAAGACAAAGUUCAGUAAAUGAGAAAUGGUUCUUGGGGGUCAAAAUAUUAUGAAUAAAAGCUGUUAUAGGAAAUUGUUGUUCACCAAAGGACCAUUGCACAUGUGCAGAUACAUGGUACAUUUGAGAAAUAAAUUUCAUGGAGCAAGGAGCCCAGAUAAUUAGGGAAAAAAUAUAAAAGACCCAUUGGGAAUCAGGUGAAAAUGUUCUUUGGCAUUUAAUACACACAAAUGUGUAAGAUAAUUCCAAAUUUAGAAGUCAUUAUGAGAUAUAAUCUAAAUAUAUGGGAAAUGAUUAAAUUUUUAAAAUGUAUUACUAUAAUAUACACUUGGCCUUGAUUCCUGGUACAAAAAAAGAAAGAGACAGAGAGAAAGAGAGAGAGAGAGGAAACCAGACGCAAAUAAUAACCCUAGCUUCAAGCUUCCUUAUCCUACUAUUAUUGUUACUUUCUGAAGCAGUUCUGUUUUUACCAGGUAUGACAAAAAAAAAAAAAAAAAAAAAUGACAAAUUCUGCUGCCAAGUGGCAGCCAACAGAAAUGCAGGCUCAUAAAGCAAUAGUGUAUCCUUAUCUACUCUAUUCAUUGGAUCUGGAGCCAUGGGACUUCUGGUUUUUCCCCAAAGUCAAAAUGACCAUGAAAGGUAAAGUUUUUGAAUCGAUUCAGGAUAUAGAGACAGCCACAACAAUGUGAAUAAAGACAUUCCUGGAAAGGAACUUCUGCAACUGCUUCACAUAGUGGCAAGAAUGAUGGGAUAAUUAUGUUCAAAGCAAGAGAGAAUAAUAUGAGGGUGAUUCGUGUAUCUUUUACUGAAGUCAUUUGUUAAAAAGUUCUAAAUAUUCACUGUAUUUUUCAAUCAUACUUACUUUUGGGAAAAUAUGCAGGUUUCUUACAUUAUGGGUUGAAGGUUUGUUUUUUAAGUAUUGUACUGGGGAUCAGUGUAGCUACCACUGAGCUACAUUUUCAGCCCUUUUUGUAAAUUUUAAAAUUUUGAGACAGGGUCUUGCCAAAUUGCCCAGACAGGAUCCAAUCUUGGAAUCCUUCUGUCUUAUCUUCCUGAAAUUCUGGAAUUACAGACAUGCACCAACAUCCCAGACUUGAAUGUGAUUUUUAGAUGUUUAGGUUGGGGGAAUUUUACAUUGUUCAUGCACAAUGCAGACCCUACAGGUAGAGAGGAAUGCUAGAACUUCCUUCUGCUGUUACUCAGCAGUGCAUGGGACAGUGAAAAUGCUCCUCUCACCCAUAGAAAUGGAUCACAGUUGCCACCACCACCAGGGAGGAAAGACCUGGAAGUUUUCCUCUGUGGCAUUGGCUGCUGUCUGGGAGCAACCACAGGAAACCAAAGCUGAGGCCUCCACGGGUCCAGGCUUUGCUUCCUUCUGCUGUAGAUGGAGCAGAGGACACCCAACAGCCCAGGAAGCAACAAGGACCACUACUUUGUGAGAAACAGUCACCAAGAUGACAGAGAAUCCAGGUUUGGUGGCACAUGCCUGUAAUCCCAGUACUAGGGAGGCUAAGGCAAGAGGAUUGUCAUGGGUUUGAUAUUAGCCUGUAUCUCAAAAAACCAAAAACACACAAAUGAACAAACAAAAAGAUGAGAGAAAUUUCAGCAAACAGUGAAAAUCCAGCAGCUAUGGUGCUAAGACCAUCCCAGAAAAUAUAUAAUUCAUAGAGAAAAACCAUUCUUGGAGUAAGCCUCCAAGAUAAGCACACAGCUAUUGCCACACAUAUUUAAUAACGGGGAUGCUUGAGGGGAUGAGGUGGGGAGUUCUCCUAGACACCAGGAUCCACUACAGCCCUGCUAAAACUUCAGCACAACUGUCCCAAGGAAAGGGCCCGAGAGCUCCAGUGUUCACCAUACCCAUGACUGGACAGGAUUGUACAGGAUAGUUUACAAGGCUUCAAGUAUUUUAAAGGACUAUAAGAUUUUUUUUAAAUUGUGUGCAAUGUUCACUUUAAGGCACAGAGAUUUGAGAAUGAAAGCACACUCAGAAUGGGUUGGCAAUGUCCAUGUGUCAUUUCAUUUGGCCCUCAGCAGUCACCAAGUGCCACCAUGUACAAUAGCCAGGUUUGAGCAACUCUAGGACCACUUAGCCAAUGCAUGGCACUUCCUUACACCAUCUCACAUGUGUUUUCAUAUUGAACCUCAUCAUUUCCUGGAGGGCAAGGAUGGUGACAGGUGUAUCACACACCCCAGCAUAGCUGAGGGCAGAUGACCUGGGGAUCCAUUGAACUGAGUUGCCAGAACCUUUUCAGCAUCCUCCCCCUUUAGUGAUCACACUCUCUUCUCAGAUAGUUUGAAGCACAGUUAAUCCAAUAGCCUUUUAAUGCUGCAGUAGUAACAAGGCCAGACUGCAAGUUGAAGGCCACCCAAGCGAGAAUGCUUCCUUGUCUCGAUCCCAAACUCAAGUUCUGUAACCAUGCCCAAGACAACUACAGAGUCCCAAGGACUUUGGUUAAUGUAUUGAAAUAAAAUCCCCUUACCUUCUGGCCAGUCCAAAGUCAAUGAUUUUAAUUUGGUGUCCUGUCUGGCUGACACACAGUAUGUUCUCUGGCUGGAAAAGAAGAAGUACGCUUAUCCCAGUGUGCAACCAAGGAGUUCUAGGUAUGCCACAGCUACAAGCUUCAGUUUCCUGUCUCAGGUGUCAACAUUGGGCUCAGGGGUACCGUUGGGGCUUACACAGAUAAAUACAGUGGAUACAGUGGGUAGGCUCACUGUGACCUGUGGGCGUCACAGGAUAGUCACAGCUCAGGAGUGCAGGCACAAGAGCCACUUCUUGUCCUUCAGGGAAUCCAGAAAUGGAAUGUUUCUAUGUGUGUGAAAAUUCAGGCUUUUAAACUCACCUGUAUCACUGUGGAAGCCAAAUCUAAAACCUCUGUGGUACACUUUUGGCUCAGGAUGACACAUGAAGAUUGUGAGGGAAGCUUAAAAAGUCCUCAUGCCCAGGUCCCAGCCCUGAUCCAUGAUGUCAAAAUCACACCAAGGAAGCCAGAGCACCAGGUAUGGUGCAGGAGAGUAGAGUUGCUAAAUGCCAACCUGCCAAUUUGCAGUGACAGCCAUGACUGAGCAGGUGGGGAUGGUGGCCUUGAUGUGGGUCUUCUUGGCCUUUCAGAUCAACUGAGAGACCCCAAGAGAGCCUGAGAUGAUACUCGAGUAACUGUUAACAUAUUUUUUAUUUCCCUAAAAUUUGCUUAUAUUAAGAAUUUUAUAUAAAUGAAAUCAUAAAAUAUACAGCCUUUUUGUGUCCAGCAUCUUUUACUGGCAUACUGUUCUCAUGUUUCAUCCAUAUAAUAUUCAUUCUUUUUCAUGUCUAAAUAAUGUCUCAUUAUAGGGGUAUACCAUAUUUUAUUUAUCCAUUCAUCAGUUAAUGAACGUUCAUGUUGUUUCUACUUUUUGGCUAUUAUGAAUCACACUGCUAAGAACGUUUGUAUAUAGGUUUUCAUGUAUAUGUUUCAAUUCUCUCAAGCAUAUAUCUAGGAAUGAAGUUGUAGGAUUGUAUGGUAAUCCUACUUUUAGUAUUGUUAGGAAUUGUCAAACUGGCUUUAUGGUUUUUUUAAAUUUUAUUUUAAAAAGAAAAAUAACAAAAUUUCAAAACAUAAUUAGAGGGUAACAAUGGUAAAUAUAAUUGCAUAUUGUUCUCUUUAAGUUAGUUAGAGUAUAAGAUAUCUACAUUUAAUUGUCUAUUCUUUUCAAUGAACUAAAAGAAAUUAGUAAGUAUAGCUAUCUUAACUAUUAUUUAUACAUAUAUACAUACACAUAUAUUAUUUCUUUCAGUUUUUCACACUAGGGAGACAUACGAUGUUUACACACGUGAGUCUGAUUUAUUUCAUUUAUGAGUAUGGUCUCUAGUUGUGGGUGUACAAUAUCACAGUCUUGCCAAUAAUGUAUGAAUGUUCAAAUGUCUCCAUAUCCUAGCUACCACGUUUGUCAUUUUUGUUUUAUUCAGUCUAGGGGUUAUGAAGUGGUAUCUCAUUAUUGUUUGAUUUACAUUCUACUAAUGACCAAUGAUGUUGAUAAUCUUUUCAUGUGCUUUUUGGCUUAUUGUGUAUCAUUAGUGGAUAUAUAUUUAUUCAAAUUCUAUCACUACUUCUUUGUCUCUCCCGCCCCCUCCAAUGCUGGGAACCAAACCCAGGCCUUACACAUGCUAUGCAAAUGCAUUAGCAUUGAGCUACACCUCUGGCUCAUUUCACUAUUUUUAAUUGACUUGUCUUUCUAUUAUUGAGGUUAAGGCUUUUAAAAAAUGUAUUCUAGAUAUAAAUCUCUUAUUUGGUAUCUGAUUUGGAAAUAUAUUCUCCUACUUUGAAGGCUGUCAUUUCACAUUUUUUGUUUCCUUGUGAUAUUGGGAAUUGAAUGCAGAGCCUUUCCAGUAAGCUAUAUCUCCAGUCUUUUUAUUUUUAUUUUGGGACAAGGUCUCACUAAGUUGAUAAACUGCCCAAACUUCACCAAAAUUUAGCUAGGCAGUGAUCCUCCUGUCUGAGCCUCCCAAAGUGCCAGAAUUACAAGCAUGCAUCGUCAUGCCUAGCUCCCAAGGUUUUAUCUUUUAAAGCCAUUUCAUUCUUAAAGAGCAUCUCAGACCCUGAGUUUUCCUCAGAAAUUUUUGAUCAGUGUUUAGAUUUCAGGAAAUUUGUAGUUGAGAAGUAAAUAUACAUUGCUUCAAAUGCACUGAAAUUUUCUCAGUAAUUGUGUCAUGGUUUAUGUCUGUGGCCCCCAGACCUCAUGAGUUUGCAUUGUUCAUUUGUGAUGGUUCAUUGUAUAGUGCUUGGAUUGAUGGUGUCAGUGCUCCACCCACAUAGGGGUGGAGCCAGGAAGUGAUGUAAUGGCAGGAAGAAGGUGUGUCUUGCUCUUUGCUGGCUCCUGCUUUGCCAUUUGCAGCUGUCAUGAACUGCAGCCCAACCAUGCCUGCCUGCCUUGGAGCCAACUGAGUGUGGACUGAAACCUCCAAAAACUGUAAGAAAUAAACCUUUCCUUUCCCAA